GUCUGCCAAGAGAGAUCGUAGUGUGCUUUGCUUAACGUUCGGUCGCUGGUUAUUACCCCGAUUUAAACCGAAAUGGCGAAUUUUUCCACGCCAAUAUCGAAGAAUAAUGAAGUAAACAUGUGCGAGAAUUGAUUGAUAACGCCACACGUUUAAAUUAAAUCCGCUUAUAGGUGAAACCCGGCGAAAUACGAGAAGUUAAAGGUUAUGUUCGUCAAUAAGGUCCAUUAUCGUGAGUUCUACGGUUUCCGCACUUUUGUUUUCGAAUAGAGUGUCGAAAAUUCGAAGAAUCGUUACAGUUCUGUGAGAGUGUACACCAAAUGAUGAAAUUUCACGGAAUAAUCGUUCCAUGUUGAGAUUGCAACGAGAAUGAGAAGUUUCAUUUGUGUCGAUUUUAUCGUGUUUACUCGGGCGAAUGUAAAUAGUGAUCCUUCGGUUGCUUUGUGCCAAGAAGCUUGUGAAUAAAGGAAGUGAAUACCUCAUUUCGUGUUUCAUCCACUGAGUCGGUUGUGCCAGGAAAAAAUGAAAAAGUGACAUUUCGAAUUAAUUUUAGUGCAUUUAUAUUGUCGAAAGGGCUUUCGGUGAAGUGAAUGUGCAUCGAAAAUGGAGCUUUAAGGAUUAUUCUUAUCAAAUCUGAGGUUGAUGGUUGUUGAUUUCCAAAUAUUUUCUUGGAAUGUUGUGGCUGAUAAUACUUGAGAUCCCGCUCUGACCGACCUGACACGUCAUGGAAGCGCUGCAUCCCAAGCGGGAGCUCCCCCAGCCCGAGCAGAAAUCGCCGGCGAUCGCUGACGAGCGGAAACAAUCCACCCCGACACCGGAGGGCCAGCAGCAGCAGCAGCAACCGGCGUCCACGCCGGAGGAGACCGCCACCCAGCUCCAUCAGAAGGUUAAACUGAGGGACGUCAACUCUUCCCUCACGUGCGAGCUGUGCAAGGGUUAUUUGAUAGAUGCCACCACUAUAUCGGAAUGUCUUCAUUCGUUUUGUCGAAGUUGCAUCAUCAAAUUCCUGCAGGAGAACAGUUUCUGUCCAGUCUGCGAGGUUAUCAUCAACAAGGCGAAACCGAACCUGAAGUUGGACAAAACGCUGCAGGACAUCGUCUACAAACUGGUGCCGGGCCUCUUCCUGUCGGAGAUGAUGAGGAGGAGGCAUUUCUACGCGGACAAGCCAGUCGAGGCGGGGAGGGCGUCUCCAGAGCAACGAGGCGAAGACACGGAGCGGACAAUCUUCAACCCGCAGGAUAGGAUCAGCUUAUCGCUGGAGUACAUAGGCGAUGCCGCCACCACGGACCUCAUACUGAAGGAUCUCAAGCAGAAGCAAGACGACGCGUCGAAAGACGCUCUUCUCAAGAGGUACCUGCAAUGUCCCGCCAUGUGUCGCAUCGAUGUCAUCAAGAAGUUCAUACGUAACAAAUACAACGUAAACACGGAUAUGUUCCAAAUCGAUAUAUUGUACAAGAGGGUGCCACUCCCCCUACCGGACCACUACACCCUCAUAGACGUUGCGUAUAUAUACACAUGGAAAAGGAACGAACCGAUGCGUUUCUACUUCCGCAUCAUCGACAAGGGCAACGACGAACUGCCGGACCUGACCAAGGUGUUCCCGCCCGUCGAGGAUGACGCUCCUUUCUUGCCGAAACCGCUCGCCCUCUCCACCCCCAACAAGACCUCCAAGAGACCCGCCACACCCCCCGCGCGGGAGAAGAGCAAAAAGACGCCGAAGAGGUGCGUCGUCUCCAAGAAGCCGCCGCUGGCCAGACCGGCCAAGAAGCAGAAGACCGAAGACGAGGAGAAGUCCAGUAAGAAAAACGAGUUUGAUAACGACGACGACGACGAUGACAGGGGUGGGAAGAGCGCGUCGGUAUCGGAGUCCACGACGCCGAAGAAGACGCCGGCCAAAACCGACGUGGAGAACGGCGAAACGCCGGAGCCGGACUCCACGCUCGUGAAAAAGGAAAACGACGCCGGCGUCGCGUCGGAACACUGUGAUAACAAGGUGUACACGAACAUAACCUUGAACCGUUCGAACAACUUCGAGAUAGUGACCAAGAUCCAGAAGUUAUCGGACAAGGACGGUCAGCAGAUCGAGGUGAACAUAAUCGAUAAGAGUGCGUGGCAGAAGGUCGAGUGUAACGUGUCGCGGUCUAACGUGGCCAAAGAAGAAGUGUCGGUAGAGACCAAAACGCCGGAAAGGGUGAAGGAAGAAGAACCUUCCCCUUCGAAACCGUCCCCGAACGUUGACCACGAGCCCGAGGUCACUUCCACCACCAACGACCCAUCCCCGCAGGUCGCCGCCGAAGAGGAGGAAUUGGAAAAGACCAAGUUCGAAUUCCUCAAGUCCAUCGAGUUGACCGCGAAGAAGGUGGUGGACAACCUGGCCAAACUGGUCCAGCAGCAGCAGCAGAACAACGCUCUGGCCUCCCGGGGUCAGCAGAACCUACAGACCCCGCCGAAACCCGAAGCGAAGAAACAGCCGAAACAGGAGACCAACGGUCUGAAGAGGAAGAACUCCAGUCCCGUCAAGAUCGAGUCCAAGAGGACCAAGGUCGAACCCAAGAGAACCACGAAGAUCAUACUCCAGCAGAAGCCCGGUUACCCGCCGCUGAACCUGACGAAACCGUCGGAGCAGGCGGCGGCCGGUCCCGAAGAACUGAUAAAGCAGAACAGGAACGAGCUCCGUUCGCUGUUCCAGAACUGCCGCCUGAACAUACCCUCCUCCCUGUCCAUCACGCUGAAGGAGAACGGCGAGACGUCCAGACAGCCGGUCCAGAUGCCGCCCGUUCAGAACUUCAUCGAGAUACUGAAGAUAGACGAGGCGUCGGGCACUCAGACGGUCACGCUGAAACGGGAUGACGCCAAGAAACCGGAGCCCAACAAGCAGACGGUUCCUUCCGUUCCGGAACAGGCCAAGAGGAAACGGAAGGAAUCGACGGACAAGCAGAAGGAGCAGCAGAGCUUCCAGAAGAUCUUCGAGGAGUCGAUCAAGAAGAACGGCCCGGAACCGGAGGCGCCUCAGUGUUCUUCGGGCAAGAGUAAGAUCCUGGAGAUCGCGCAGCAGCUGUACAAGAAGAACAAGACGACGGAACACGAGGCCAAGAAACCACCACCACCACCGGCAACGUCGAAUCCAUUCGUGAUGACGCAGAAGCUGCAGAAGAUCGCGAUACCGCGACUGAACAACCAGAGGGUGGUCAAACCGCCCAAGAGGAGUCAGAAGUACGACAACGCGACCCAUCAGACCCUGGCCAAUCUGCACUCGAGCAGUCUCGGUCUGAACUACACGGUUUCCGUAGGGAAACAGACGAGGGAUGUGAUGAAAUCGAACGGGGUCGUUUCGCAGUCGAAGACGGUCGAUAGUCAGUCGUUCGGCGGUUGCGCGGAUCAAGCCAAGCCCAACGCAGCUUUUCCGACGCAACCGGGUCUCGUAUCCCCCAAGACCGAUUCUAAGGCCGCGUUUUCGCCGAAACCCAGUCUAGGUUCCACCAACAGUCCCUCGGGCUCCCCCAGGGUCUUCUCGCCGCAGAUGUCGCCGAAAUUGGGCGCCAAAACGCCCUCGCCCAAACCCAAACCGCACCUCUCACCCAAACCCAAACCGAACCUCUCGCCCAAGCCCAAACCGAACGUCUCGCCCAACCCCUCGGUCGCUGGAGGUUCUUCGACGGUGCCGCCCUUGACAGCCAAUGAGCUGCUGGAAAAGUACAACAUCCAGAACCUGGCCCAGCUGUCGGCCAGCAUGAACUUCAACGCUCAGGCGUAUCUGAGCUCGAUGUCGCAGAAGCAGAUGUCCACGCUCCAUCAGAGCAUGCUGAUGAAGCAGCUCGAGAUGCACAGUCGGCAGAACUGGUUCAACAUCAACCAGGCGCCGCUGUUGCAGUACGAGAAGUACCUGCAGACGUUGGGCGCCUCCAAGAACCAGCAGAUCAUGGGCAACCUCAAGGAUAAUUGACGAAAGGGUUGAGGGGCGCUCGUCGAUCGGGUUUUUUCUUCUCGUUGUUAUUAUUGAGUUUGCGCUUUCGUCUUGGGUUUUCGACGUUUCUUAUUUUCGGGGUCCUUUUUUUUUCGUUUUCGAGUUUGUACAGUAUAGGUUCGUUAAGAGUUGUGCACAUAUCGCGGGGAAAAACCGCCGUUUCCCCGAUUUUUCCCGUUUCGUAUACGUAAAACGACCGAAGGUGAAAUUGAUUCAGAUUUUAAGAGAGCAAAUUUUAAAAAAAAAUGUACAUUGUUGGUUUUCCCGUUGGUUCGUGUCGAAAAGAUGAAUUGAUUUCUCGCUUUGUUGAAAUGUUAACUAAAUUAUUGUUGAAUUUAUUUUUGAUUGUAAAAAUGUAAAGUUACGUUAGUUUAAGGAGAAUGUAAAAUAUUUUGCAGUUUUCAGUAAAAAAUCUGAAAUAUA